AUAGGUGUGGCUAAUUCAAUUAUGGGCGUGGUUAACUUGUGGGUGGGGCUGACAUCCUCUCUGCUGCUGAGAAGCAGACCUCUUGUAGCUUCUUUUAGGAGAAAUUUUUCGUCAAUGGCCACUCCAGAAGGUGGAGUAAGCCAAAGUAGUCUUGAUGAUUUAUCUAAAGAAGACAAGGACCAGUUUUCUGACGAGGAACAUGUGCCUUCAAACUCCACCCCCUUGGCUUCCCAUUUUAUGAUAAGAGAGAAAGUUCUUAAAGAUUUACAGCAGAGAAGUUUCGCGGGAACACCUUUUGGGGAGCACUCGAAAAAUGCACAACGGAAGUUGAUAAGAAUUCACACCAGUAAAUAUUUGAAAAGGCAAAGGAUGCACCAGAAGAAGGAAACAAGUGACAAGGCCAUCACGAAAGACCGACCAUCCUCGGAAACUGAGUUAUCUUCUAAAGAGACGGAUUUUCUUUUGAGACGUGAAAUGAAAAGAGAAAGAGCUAAGAGAUUAGAAGAGGCAAGACUGAGCGGGCAAAAACUAGCGAUUGACUGCAGUAUGGAGGGACUAAUGUCACCAAAGCAGCUGGGAUCAGCUGCAAGGCAAUUCAAACGCCUUUACGCCAUUAAUGCUCGCCAUAGCACCACUAAACCAUUUCACAUACACUUAACAGGCCUACUGGAAGAAGGGAAACUACGUCAAGCACUCCGCGAACAAUUUGACGGAUUUGAUCGUGUGAUUCCAGACAUUACCAGUAAAAGACACGAAGAGUAUUUCCCAAAGGAUUCCAUUGUUUAUUUAAGUCCGGAUUCACCAAAUACACUCAAUCAUUUGGACCCCACUAAAGUAUAUGUAAUCGGUGGAUUAGUAGAUUCUAAUGUUGUGAGUUCGGUGACAUAUACAGCUGCUAGUGAUUGCGGUAUUAGCACUGCUAGACUACCGAUUGAUGAUACUAUUAUUAAGAAGAAUCCAUCUGGUUUUGUGUUAACUAUUGAUCAAGUUUUUGGAUUAUUGCUUGAAGUUGGACAAGGGAAGAGUUGGGCCGAGGCUUUCAACUCAUUAAUACCAAAAAGAAAAAGAUGUUAGGAAAAUUUUGAGACACAAUCAUACAAUCUUAUAUUCCUUAUUGUUUGUUGCAAAAAAUAUAAUAAAAAAUUAGAGGA